ACCCAAACGCAUCACUGGCGACUGCAGAAGAAAAGCAAAGAUGGAGGACAGCUCUUCAAAACAGAUGCCCGAAAACCUGGACGACCCUCCGAACAGCCGUCUGUUCGUGGUCACCAGUCGGUCUGUAACUGAAGACGAGCUUCGAGAGAGUUUUUCGAAGUUUGGGGAGGUUCAAGGGGUCUGGCUGGUCAAAGACAAGCAGACAAAGGAGCCCAAAGGCGUCUCAUAUGUGAAGUUCGCUAAGUCGUCACAGGCCUGCAUAGCCAUGGAAGAAAUGCACGGAAAGGUGCUGCAGGAGGGGACUAAACCGAUAAAGGUGUUUAUAGCACAGUCACGAGGAUCAGCCAGACACAGAGAUGUUGAGGAUGAAGAGCUGACCAGGAUCUUCAUCAUGAUUCCCAAAACUUUCACAGAGGAGGAUCUAAAAAACACAUUCAGAGAGUACGGAGAUAUUGAAUAUUGCAUCCUCAUCAGAAACAAGGUCACAGGUGAAAGCAAAGGCCUUGGCUACGUGCGCUACUACAAACCCUCUCAAGCUGCCCUCGCCAUCGAGAACUGUGACAAAUCUUACAGGGCCAUCCUGGCUGAACCACGCAGUAAAAAUAACUCCUCCGAAGAUUACUCUGCAGGAGGGGUCAGGGGGGGAGAUUACAGCUCCAGUGACUCCAUGAACCAGUACCCCAUCGUCACCCCUGAUCAAGGGAACUACUCCAUGAUGGACUACCGCCAAAGCGAGUUCACCCGCUCUCUGAUGAUGUCCACGCGGGCCGCGCUCACCCAGGAGCAGAUCUUUGCUCUGUUUGACCUCAUCCCAGGCAUGGAGUACUGUGAGCUUCACAGGGACUCGUACGGUCACGCUCUGAUUCGCUACAAUAAUCUCGGAUCAGCAAUUUAUGCCAAGGAGAAGCUGAACGGCUUUGAGUAUCCACCUGGCAACCGAAUUCAAGUGACUUUUUACGAAGAUGGAGAGAGCCCUGCAGGCCGGAUGGCCUCUCAGUUUGUUACAGCCCAGAUCCUCUCCUCAGUGUGGAACGGAGCCUCCAGCAGUAUGAUCAAACCCACUGGGUACUCGUCUGUCUCCCAGAUGUCUCGUGUUCAGACGGACGUCACCCUGCCGCCUCUCAAGAAGCUCGCUCCAUCCGACAGUAAGGCCAAAGAGCGCCUCUUUGUUGUCUUCAACCCCUCCCCGCUGCCGCUCGACGUGCUGGAGGACGUCUUCUGUCGCUUCGGUUCCCUGAUCGAGGUCCAUUUGGUUCCAGGAAGGAAGGUUGGAUACAUGAAAUAUGCUGACAAACAGUGUGCAGAUGAGGCCAUGGCUGUGCUCCACGGUCGGAUCGUCAACGGAGUGAAGAUGAAGGUGAUGCUGGCUGAUCCUCCGCGGGAGGAGUCUCACAAGCGGGCGCGGACCUACUAGACCAGAACUGGCAGGUAAGGGUUACAUUUUAAGGAACAUAAGCCAACGAUGCCUAAAUGUUGUACACACUUCUACAGGGUUUCCCACAGAAAACUUGCUAAGCCUGGUGGUAGGAGCGCCAGGGCAGUCACCCUGUGGCCAACCAUGUUUUUGAGUUUUGUUUUUUUUUUCAAUUUACAGGAAAUUUUAAAAUAUGAAUAGGUAAUUAUGUAUUGUUGGAAUAUAUUAUUAGCAAUACCUAAACACCAACUGUAAAACUAAAAAACAGUUGUUUCAGUCACUUCGUACUAAUUAAAGUGUCCAAAAUGUAUUGGUCCUUUAUCCAUGACUUGUCACUUUAUUUGCUGAAGUUCUUGGCAUGUAGACCAGCACAAGACUGGCAGUGGUUCCGGAAACCAAUUACAACAAAACAAUUCUUAGCCUGGUGGGGGCACAAGUCAAGCCUAGUAGCCUGCCAGGCUUCUAAAACUCUGGGGGAAACCCUGUAUCUAACACCUCAGAUCAUUUCUCAUGGUAUUGUAGUUAGAAUUGUGUGCAUGAGUUUCAUAUAGGGCUGGGCGAUAAGGAUUAAAAAUAAAAUCCAGUUUAAAAAAAAAAUUCUUUCAAACCAGAUCAGUUUUUUAAUUUUAACCAUUUUUUUUUUUAGGCUUUUUAAAAUUAUUAUUUUUUUGCUCUCCCUUUUCUAAAAUAGAAAUGACAAAAGAUAUUUUCAAAAAGUGGAUUUAUUUCAAUCAUCCCUUCUGUGAGUUGUAUGUCUGAGCAUCAGGGCCAGGCUAUGAGAAUGUUUGUUUAGAUCAGAGAAUGCGGUCAUAAUAUUAGCAGAACCCCCCAGAAAAAAAAAUCCAUUAUGAAAUAUGUAAAAAGCACGUAAAAAAUUACAAGAGUGUAACUAUCAGAACCUGAUGUGACCACCUCAGUUUGUGUAGUUCUUUUUCUAAGUAAUGUCAGUUAUUUGCACGUUGUUUUAAAGUUCUACUACUGAUAAUAAUUCAACGCUGAUGUGAUAAAAGAUUAAGCAUUAUUUUAAAAACUGAUUAAAAAGUAUAACUUCACAAGAUACUUAACAUUUGUCAUUUUAAUUAAAAAUUUUUAUGUCAUAGUUCUCUUAAAAUGACCACUUUAACUCUCCUAAUAUUAUGAGUUUAUUCUGAUAAUAUUAUGACUUUAUUCCCGUAAUUAAAAAAAUUAAAAUUUUAGCCUGGCUAUAACAGUUCAUGGUACAGGUGACCUGUACUAAAAGUCUAAAUAAUUAGAAACUGUAAAACAUGUUUAUCAAACAAGAUGAAUUGGUGAGAAAAAAAAAUAUCCAAAUUUUCCAAAAAUUAAGUCUUCAAAAUGUGAUGAAUUGAAAACGUUGAUUUAUUGCUCAGCCCUAGUUUCACAAUAACAUAUGUAAGUUACAGAGCCUUGCAAAAGUCUAAAUAUCCUGCAAACCUUUUUCAUUUUGUCAUGUUUUGUUCAAAAACCUGAGUCUGGUUUAAUGGGGUUAAAUAUUUUAAAUGUUCAUUUUUAAUAGAAAAUGUUUCAUUUAAUUUUUCUUUGCUCAGUCAGGUUGGACAGAGACCAUCUGUGAAUGUAUUUUUUUUAUGUUUUACAAAGACUUUUCUAAGGCACUGUGUCUGUCAGCUUGCAUGCUCUGGAUUUGUUGUUCUGCUUUCAUUUACUUCCUUAUUUCUUAUUUAAAGGUAAAGUAAACUGACAGCUUGGUUAAAUGAAGCGCUUUUAAGCUGAAAAGAUGUCACCCCAUUUCCUGUUAAUAACACUGCAGCUUUUUGUUCCCCAGGCGACUGUUGUCAUAACAAAACGACACCUGACCUGACAGACCAACAGACACCAACAUCAUCUCCUGACCUCUGACCCGACCCUUUGCCUGACUCGUAUUCAGUCAGUAAGCGUCUCUGUGUUUAAUGAUGUUUCUGUUUCAUUUACGUUUCAAACCAAGACUUUGUGGGAAAAAAUAGGCUAAAUUUGGAGUUUGAAAAUGAGCUGGAUUAUGAUUCAGAAGAUUUGUUUUUGCUAAACUGUAAGCAGGAUCCUAUUGUCUAAGUUUAAAGAACUUGACCUGAACAGUCAGAUCAGAUAUGUAAACCCAUGCUGAGCUCAAUUGAAUGUGUUAUUUGGACUGAUUUUUUUUUCAUUAAUAAAAAGUACAUCAAGGUCUGCAUUCAGCGUUUUUUAUUAAUGUUUUUUAUUGGAUGCUGUUGUAGUGCUAUUGGCUGAUAACCAGCACUUACUAAUAUUACAUAAUUUCCUAGACUUUCAACACUUUGUAAAAACCAUCUGCAUCUCUGCUUCAAUUAAAGAUCCCAAAAUCCUGUUUCAUCACUACCUGUCACAUGACCAAACAAAUACCACAUGACCAACUUUCUGAAACCUUCUUGUUGCUGUUUGCAACAAGAUGGAAGUAAACUCUAAUUUGGCUAAUAUUGGCAUAGUUUUACUUAUCAGAGCGAUUCUAAUAUGUUAAAAAAAAAAAAUUUAAAAAGGCAAAUUGGCUGAUACCAAUAUAUAUUGUGCAUCUUUGAUAUAUAGACUAAAAGAUGUGCGUAUAAUUUACACGUUUACCCUCAAGACCAGUUGGGUCCCAUCGACUCCCAUACGAGCACAUUUUUAGGUAAAGACUAAUAAAUUGUUGCCGAUGUCCAAUAUUUUGGUAGAUUAGUGAUUGGUGGAUACAUGAAAAACUGAUCUGACUCACUGCUGCAAAAGUCUAAAUAUCAGCCAUGGUUCCCCUUUGUUUUGCUGUUAGAGGGUUAACUGAUAGAGCCGCCCACCACUGUUGCCAACUUUGUGACUUUUCAGACAAAACAAAAAAUCGGUACCCGCCAAAAUCUGAAUGAGGUUUUUUAAAAAUUGGCGAUCAGCCGAAAAACUAUCGACUCACACAUUUCCCAUGAAUAAUAUUUUACUAAAUCUAUUUAACUUGCUUCAAAGUUAACCAAUAAUAGAUUUUAGGUGUUACAGAACAUAGGUGGUCUUGCUGUGGUUCAUAUAUUUUGUUUGUAAAACUCAAGUCUUUAAAGGUUAAGUUAGACACAGAAUGACUAAAAGAGCCCAGAAAUCAAAGCUUUAUCUGUAAAGCUUUUUGUAAAGGAAUAACCAGGUUCUCCAGCAUUCUCCCAUGUUUGGGUCAGUUAAAUCCAUGCUAAAGAGAUUCCUGCUUAUUGUGACGCUUAGAUACACUUGUGUUCAACGUCGAGGUUUUCAUUAUUGUUAUAAUACCCACCAGGUCAAAAUGUAGAUCUCAGUAAAUUGGAACAUAGCAACCUUUAAGUAAGUAUUAAACAUUUUUCAUUAAACCCUCAACUGUAUGAAAUUAAUUUGUUCUGAUGUAAUACUCUAAUCUUUGAAGGAAUCAAAUGUUUUCUAAUUAAGUGGAAAAUCACAGAAAUAAAGCUUUGAAAAGAUCAGUCUGUGUGUAUUUGAUCUGUCAGUUGUUGCUGAAAUAAAUGAACUUUUCAAAUCUCA